GUCCCAAUGCCAACCGCCCUUGCUCUGUCUACCGCGCUCAACCAUUUUCAUCCUUUCAACCUUUCAACCUUCCAACCUGUCAACCUUUCAAACUUCCCGCCCACUCCUCCACUUCCACAGAUCCCUUCAGCCUGGUCGCAUACACAGUGUCUUGACCCUUUAGCUUGACCCGCCCUGGUCGUUGCUUUCCCGCUGCGCCCACCUCACCAACUGCGAUAUCUAACCCUCACACCCUACCGCCGCCGAAAUGACAGACUACGCGAGCCUCAAGGUCCCUGACCUCAAGAAACUUCUCCAGGAGCGCAGCCUCCAACAGUCAGGCAACAAGGCAGACCUCAUUGCGCGACUACAGGAACAUGACAAAAGCCAGGCCGAGGACGUGAUUGACUGGGACGACGAUGACACUAAGGUUGCCACUGCCGCUACCAAGAAAGACGAGCCCAAAGCUGCUGCUCCUGCCGCCGCAAAGGCACAGGCGGACACCCCAGCCGCACCACCAGCUGCACCUGUCGAGGCCGAGCCUGCCAAAUCAGCCCCCGCCCCUCCUGAGGAGGCUCCCAGUACCGAGACGGAGAAACAAGAUUCUGCCAGUGCGCCGGUAGAAGAUGGCGCGUCUGCCCCGACCGAGGAGAAGCCAGCCGAGCCCGCUGAGAGCUUCGCGAUUGGCCUGGAGGCAAGCAACGCCGACGAAGAGCUUAAGAAGCGCGAGGCGCGUGCCAAGCGUUUCGGGAUCACCACUGAUUCUAACUCUGAGGAGGCAAAGAAGCUCGAGCGCGCCAAGAAAUUCGGUGCCGACAACUCAGCAGUCGUAAAGGGUCUCGAUGCGGCUCUGCCCGAGCGUCGCCCCAAGCGCGGUCGUGAGCAGGGCGACCAGGCCGAAGGCGGAGGGAAGAGGCAACACUCAGAACGCCGCAAUGGAGGGCAGAACAGGUCUAGAGGCGGUCGUCGCGGUGGUGGCCGUCCCAGCAGGAACGAAGGCGGCGGCGGCGGCGGCGGUGGGAGCAAGAUACUUGCCGACCCCACCGAGAAGGCGAAGGCUGAAGCUAGGGCGAAGCGUUUCGGCGGCGGCAAUUAGGACAUGCGGUCGCAAAGCGUUCUUUCCAGUGCUUCAGAACAGGUCAAGGCCGAGGCCAGAGGCCGGCGAUUCGGCACCAGCGCCUAUUAUCAACCAACGGGAGGCAUUCUGGAUGAUCCUGUGGAGCGAAAGAAGUCCAUGGCUCGAGCGAGACGAUUCGGUACUGCUGAGUAAGAUGAGACCUGCGGUGCUCCUCCCCGGGGUACCUGGUCCUUUGGUACUGCCUGCAACGGCACAUGGUGGAACGUCACUGGCAGGCAAGCUCUGCGACUGGACCACUGAACCAUACCCUGACACCGGCUAGUUGCGACAAAACACCAGUUACACGUUGAAAAACAGCUGCGCCCGAAUCCUCGUUGAAAGUAGUCUUUGUACACUUAGGAGGAUCAUCGCGACUAGGGAAGACAGUGAUUCUUUUGGAGUUCGGAUUCCGCUGGCGUCAGAGACGCCAGAGACGCCAUUCGUCGUUUUUCUUUCAGUACCAGGACAGGAUCAAUGCUUAUACCCAUAACUCACAUUGGCCUUGGCCGCCCAAUAUACCUCCUCUUGAAAGGAAUCUCUCUCCUUUCCCAAUCGCCCAUCAGAACGAUUGAUAUGCUCGCCAUUGUUGUCCUACAGCGGAGGCCACAGCAGCAGGAUUACAAGCCGCGGAUGGGAAAUCAUGGAGAAUGAAGAGAAGAUAUCCUGGACACAACCAGUGUUUUAAUUCCAUUCCAAUCCCCAGUGUUGUCGAGGUCAUCUUCUACGUUGGAACGCCAACCGUAUCCAGGUUGCAGAUCGACGUGAGGAAAGUGGUGUUGAAUCCAGCCCAUGCUUCCGAAUUGGCUCGCAUAGAGCGACAGCAGACGCCGCCGUCCUUGUUCGAUCAUGCAGCAAAAGUCCGCGGUCGCGUUGUGCGAAUCCGCGCACAAUGCACCCAAAACUUAUGCUGGGUUGCAUGAGCCAUACAUAUAUAUAUAGGAGGAUGUAGCCGUCCACGCCUGCUGUGCCAGGACAAGAUGACUUUCGUGUCCAUUGUGAAGCGGCCCGAGUCCUAUAGGGUCCUUGAGCCUCCCAGAGUGCUCGGGAAUCAGCUUGUCCUUCCGAGACCAUCCGCUCCGCGACAAGCUAAUUGAAAUUUGGCGGUUGGCAGUCAGUAACUUAAGCAGCCAGCUAUCACCGAAUGCGUGAGAGACGGCUCCAGCGGCACUUCCUUACUUGGUGGACGGACCAUUUGAAGCAACGUACCCGCACGGACUUGAUGGGACCGAGUUUCUGGCACCGACGUCUGCGAUAAUAUCGGGGUAAUUUGUUUCUCUUGCGUGGACUGAAGCAGCUUGGACUGAAGCAACUGUGAUUGAUUCCGAUGCAUUCGACGGAAGCCGCUCACUGAACGAUGCGAGAUGCGGUCAUCAUUUACUCGUGGGCCAUCACAUCACGCACAUAUUUGUAAAGAGCUUGAACUUGCUGGCCUCAUAACCAAACUUCCACGAGGCAGGCUCGGUCUGCCGAGGGCAUAUCUGCGCAGCCUCUGACCAGUGACUUUCCAGUCACUUCUCCUACAUUCUACAAUAUCGAGCGAGGCCUUGGACCUUUAUAAUGCUUGAAGAGCGAGUGAUAAUGAGGUCCAAACUCGCGCGGGUCGGGAGAAAUGUCAAGAAAAGCCCGUCAACGGCGGCACAGCUGUCAACGCUAUCUGCAAUUACAGUCGCGUGCAAAGUCUGACGUACCCAAAGAAAACACUAACACAAACCGUUCAUAUUACCAAUGAUAACGAACAUGGCGUGUUUCUCGUCGGAAAAACAAGGAAUGAUCAUCUCGGGCACCAAGGAGGUCGUACUACGGGAAUCCUCGUGAGCGCCCACGCUGGAGCGAGAUGGGACAGACAUGGACGUCAAGGGAGGCUCCAGGACGACUGGGGCGGGGCCCAGGAUUCCGGUCCCAGUGGUCUCACGUAUUUUUGCGAUGACACCAACAGAAGGAUUCGCAAUUCCCUCACAGUACCACGAUGUCUGCCACCUCCCACAGGUCGCGCUUGGCGCGGAGAGGCUACCCGAGCACGACAAGGGCUGUUGGAGAGUCAUUUUACAUUACGGAAUAGUCUCCACUGUCUGUUGGUACUUUGCCGUGGCAACAGCGAGCCGUCAGCUUCAGUGUUGAAGUCGACAACGAACUGCCGGCGUUCAAGUUGGCACAUCCGGUGACUGUGCAAAGGAGCGGAUGAUUCAUGGGGAAUGUGCAGGAUCAGUAGUGUGCAUAAAUGCAGUCAAAGUUGGCUUCCCCACCUGUCACAGCGGAUCUCUAUUUUGAAGUAUCGAUACGGCCAAUAAUCCCAGUCAAGGUGCCCGUGUGCCGUGUACGCGCUGUUGCGACGUACCUGGUGAUGGGCGCACAGUUGAUCUUCAGAGUUGUUCUCAAUUUCUGGCUCGACGAAGACCGACAUCGGACUCUUUGCGAAAGUAACACACAAAAUAACACCACAGCAGCUAGGAACCGGCAGAAGUGCGGUCGGCAACACAGAUGGGUGCCAUCCGCGCAAGCAGGAAUUGCGGCGGUUGGGCCACAGACGAGAUGAACGCCGGUGGAUUGAUAUGCUCGAUCCCAAUCUCAUGGGUGCCGAAUCAGGUGACCCAAACCUCAUGUGGUGCACACGCCUUGUCACGCAGCAAGAUGCGUCCCUAUCACACGCGUUCGAGGGUGGAAGAGGGUGUACACAAGUAGUGUGGGCAUCCAUCGGCAGCAAACUUGUUUACCCUAAUAAGCGCUGGAUGUGGAUCAUGACUGCAUGCAUGCAGCCAGCCAGCCCGCAGCGGGGCGUCGCCGAGGGAAGGGAAGUGUGGGCUGCCCGCACCCUGUCUAGUCCAGACACAGUCGGGUCAAGACUGUUGGUGUGUGUAGUGCAAUACGAUAGUGCUGGAGACAGGAUGGUGGGCCUCGAUGUGAUGCUAUUCGCAAGAAUGGGCGUUGGUAAUCGAGAGUGUGGAUACCCCCCAAACGUGCGGAAAUGAUCGGUGCCCACUCGCACUCAGCGGCAUCUAACUGUGCCAGCAACAAGAAGACCCCAGAGAAAUCCCUGCUGGGGCCAGCAGAGGGCCCGGGACCUAUCAACGGGCUCAGAUGGUGAAUCUGAGAUCUCAUAGGCCACUAGGCGGCUGCUCCCAUCUGCGGGUCGCCCCUUUUGGUGAGCCGCUGUCAGUGCCAGGCAUGGCCCGAACUGUUUGUGGGAGAUUUGUUGACAUGUGGGGAGUGAUGAGAACUGAUUGCGAAUCUGUCUCCUCUUGGCCAACAGAGUGGAUAUUCGCGAAGUCCCUUCCUUCAGUCUCCACAAGUGGAGGGCCAUAAUGUCUCGACUGCCGGCGUGCAGAGAGAGGGCUGAGGGUCCAUCCAGCAUGACCUCCUACGCCCAGUACACUAAAUCCUCGCCUACUGGGCGCGACUGUUACCUCGCCUCACUUUCAGAAUCCUACUCAGCUUCACAGAACCCCCACGACUCAGCGCGGGAAAUGGACCUCGGGAGAGGAACGCGGGGACGCCAGGCCUCGGUCGCGGCAAGACGGGCAGGAUGAGACACAGAUCGGCACGACUUCGGACGAGCCUGUCCGGUCACGUUCCAAUUCCCAUGGCGCCUGAGGUUGUAUCCAGGGGCGUCGCCGUCGCGCGUUUGCACUGCCGUGGAACACAUGACCUCCAGAUCUCCUGAGGAAGAAACUCACCGCUCGAAGUCUAUGGGGUCCCCUGGGGUUGGUGGGACAGAGGACGCCGCUCACCGUUCAACAAAGUCUAGGGACCAGCCGAGCCGAGGUUGAGGAGAGAACUGCGAACGUGUCUCAGACAGAGAACCUCGGGGUGCGUGGAUUGGCGAAAAUGACGCAUGGGCUGGACCCUGCUCACCGAGAUGUCCUCGUGACACCUCGCUCUGAAGGAGUCGGCGGCAGCAGCAAAGCUGUACCACCGCGCGCGCGAGGAGGGCCCUCGUCUCAUCCUUGGGUCCCGCUACUGCGGCGCACACUUUUCCUUGCGAUACACAGCAUACCAGCCCAACGAUGUUACACCAAACUUGCUACAACUUGUGUGGGAGAAUGUUUGUAGGUGGCGGUGGUCAUUCACAAAACCGCAGUCGCGCAUGGUGCGCCGUACCGAGUGAGGUUGAGCCUAUGCCCAGCAAGAGUCAUCGUACUCGGGAGGGCUCCAACCAACGGGGUCUUCCAUGACCUGGCGCUUAAGCUCGGCUACCCAAUGGAUUGUGCUUGAUGGACCCCUGCUGGCGGGAGAGGUUAUGAGUGGGGACUGGCCCCAGCUCAGCAAUGGACAAGGGUUGCCAGUCGAGAUCUUGUUCGUGGUUUUUCGAGGGUUCAAUGGUCCUUUGGGAGACGGCUGACAGAGGAGCCGAGCCCAGAGGAUCAGGAGACGAGAAUGCGUAUGACGAUGGCAAGACGUGUCAUCAUCGUUUGUAGGAGGCUGAAUCAAUUCUGAAUCAAUUCUUGA